GUUGGGAACUGUAGGAUUAAGGGGGAAUACAAAAAUAUACAUAUUACACUUCUAACCUUUUCGAUACACACAAUUAAAAAAUAAAACAGACACGGGGUUAAGAGACACAUAUAUGUACAUAUAACCACAGUGGACAAGACAGACUGAGAGGAGUAGGAGAGGAGAAAGGGAUACAAGAUGAAGGUUUAAAAUUAGUCUAUCGACUGCAACUGCAUUUUGGAGGGAAGAAACUGGUGGGAGACUAACAAAACCAUAAAAAGGAACGGAUCGACUUUUAAGGAGGAGAAAAUAUGCGCGAAAUCGUGACCCUACAAAUUGGAGGUGCCGGCAAUGCCAUUGGCGAUGCCUUCUGGCAUGUGAUCUCGCAUGAGCAUGGCGUGGAUUAUGCCUCGGGUCAUUUCGGUGGCAACAGCCCCCUGCAGCUGGAACGGAUCAAUGUCUUCUUCAAUGCGACGGCCAGCAAACGUUUCUAUGCCCGAACCAUUAUCAUCGAUACGGAGGCCAGCACCAUACAACGUUUGAAUGCCAGUAGCCAAUUGUAUAGACCGGAGAAUUUUGUGGCCGGUUCGGAGAGUGCUGGAAAUAAUUUCGCCCGCGGCUAUCACACCGAUGGGGCUGAAAUUCUUGAUCAAGUCCUGGAUAAUACACGGCGUGAAGUGGAAUCGGUUGACUCAUUGCAGGGCUUUCAGUUACUUCAUUCGAUUGGCGGUGGAACCGGUUCUGGUUUAACAUCGUUGAUUAUGGAGGCUCUGGUCGAGCAAUAUCCGGAUAAUUUGCUAUGUAACUAUGUGACAAUACCCUCACCAAAUAUGUCGCAGGUGGUGGUUGAGCCAUAUAAUGCUCUGCUGAGCAUUCCCGCUCUGGUUAAUAAUUCCCAUCUGACAUUCUGUCUGGAUAAUGAGGCCCUCUUUCAGAUAUGUAAUCGCAAUCUUAAGAUUAAAAUGUCCGGAUAUGAGCAUAUCAAUCACAUUGUGGCCCUCACCAUGUCCGGCAUAACGACAUGUCUCCGGUUUCCUGGCCAACUGAAUGCUGGCUUAAGGAAAAUCUAUGUGAAUAUGGUGCCGUUUCCACGAUUACAUUUCCUGAUACCCGGUUUUGCACCCCUCGUCACCUGCAAGCAGCAACAGUUCAGCAAGGGUACCGUUUCGGAGCUAGUGCAGCAAAUCUUCUCCAGCAACAAUUUGCUGUGUGCCAUCGAUUUGCGCAAGGGUAAACUGCUUACGGCCGCUGGCAUUUUCCGGGGACGGAUGUCGCCACGAGAAGUGGAUCAAUUAAUGACCGGUGUGAGAAAUAAGAACAUAAACAAUUUCGUCGAUUGGAUACCGAACAACAUUAAGACGGCCAUUUGUGAUAUACCGCCGCGUGGCCUAAAGAUGUCGGCCACAUUCAUUGGCAAUACAACGGCCAUUCAAUCGUUGUUCCAGCGUCUCCUUGACGGAAGUACCAUCAUGUUGCGUCGCAAGGCCCAUUUGCAUUGGUAUACGGGCGAGGGAAUGGAGGAGCAGGAGUUCAUCGAUGCCCAGCAGGAGCUGCAGGCGAUUAUCGAUGAUUAUCGCGGCAGUGGCGAUGUAGGCGACGAUGGUGCACCCCAUGAUGAUAACGAUAGUGGAGAUGAGGCGGCCGCCGGUGGCAAACCAAAUUGUUCCUACUGCGCUGAUUAGGCACUCCUCUAACCUUAUUGAAAUGGGAUCUCAUGUCAUGGAUGUUGUCUCUUUUUUGGCAAAAUAAAAUCAAAAUUUUCGGUUUUUGUCCAA